CUGUUUCCUGCUGUCACCGAUCGUCGGUGGACGUUCUUUCGAAGUAAUUUUGCCAAUAUGCCUCCGAAGAAGGACACCAAAGGAACGGCGAAACAGCCGCAAAAGACCCAGAAGAAGAAGGAAGGUUCCUCUGGUGGAAAGGCUAAGAAGAAGAAGUGGUCCAAAGGAAAGGUCCGUGACAAGCUAAACAAUCAGGUCCUUUUCGAUAAGGCAACCUAUGAAAAAUUGUACAAGGAAGUCCCCGCCUAUAAAUUGAUUACUCCGUCGGUUGUUUCUGAACGUCUGAAGAUCCGUGGUUCAUUGGCCAAGCGCGGGCUGCGAGAGCUGUGUCAAAAGGGAUUGAUCAAGCAGGUAGUUCACCACCACGCCCAGGUUAUCUAUACUCGUACGACCAAGGGAGAUGAUCCCGUGGCAUAAAUCUGGUGCGUUCGUGUAUUGUGUUUGAUAUAAUCGUUUGGAGCGGAAGGUACGACGAAAACGUUAAGUUGGUUUCUUCUAGCUAAGAAUCCGAGGACUAUGGGUGGAAAGUGAAGAAAAGUUGUCGUGAGAAAAUAUACUUAUUACUAAGUAACAGAAU